GUAACCCAACAACAUGUAAACAAUAUGGAGGAUGGUACACUUUAGUAACACGAUCGUUUCUUUAGUUAACAACUAGGCGAAUAUACUGCAACAAAAAAAAAACAUCGCAAAAUUAGAUUUGAAAAUUAUUGAACGUAAAACAUGGCUGGAAGAGACUUACCUGGUCGGGAAAAAGGAGCAUUUCGCUUUGGUACAAACCGACAAGUGGAGAUAACUCUGAGAAGUGAGCUAGAGGACGUUGCUAGAAAAUCAAUUACAGAGAUAGCUGUAAAAAGGGAGUUGAAUAGAAUGGCUCCUUUGGAUGAUCAACAGAAAACAGCGAGAAAACUUCAACCAGCUUUUGUACCAGAAAAGAAAAGAGAAAAAAGGAAAAGAGAUCCAAUUUACCAUGAUGACUUACUCAAUAAAGAUCUAAAGGAACAACCAAAGUUUAUGCUGGUACCUUAUAAUCCCCUGGAUAAGGAUAAGGGAAAACAUGUAGAAGAACCAAAAGAAAAAACAAGAAAAUUACCAUAUAGUAAAGAUGAAACAGUUACCACACAAGAAAUGAAGAUGCCAAAAGUUACAUCUCUUGGAGUUUUGCCAAACAGAGAAAGUGGUGAAAUCACAAAUCUAAAAGUAGUAAUGGAAGGAAGACCUGUAGCUCCAGGGAGAACAGAUGUAGCUCUUGAUGAAAUGGCGAUGGCAAACAAAAUGCACCCUACAACCCCAGCCUCGCCUGUACCAAGGGGUGAAGACAAAGAAGGACUAAGAUAUGAACCUGUAUCAGGGAGGAGGGAAAAGAAAGACAAACUAAAGGAUGAACUUAAACUGGACCUAGAGUCAGAGGAAUCUAAAAAGAAGCCUGCUAUAUUAAACUCAGAAGGGACAACACAGAAAAUGUAUUUUAUGGAAAGACAAAAACCAGUCCCACCACCAUCUUCACUGAAAAAAUCAUUUAAAAGGAAACUGAAGGGCACUUUGACAACAGCAUUAGUUGAAGGAGAACCAAGUUUAAAAGACACACGCUUUCCUGAGGACUCUGUUUAUCACCAGUAUGAUGAUGCUAUAGAUGUUAUUGACCAAGACAGAACUACGUCCAGAUCAGUUGAUGAUGAUACUCGUAGUUCUACGUCCAGUGUGUCAUCUAUCAGGUCUGCUAAAGACCUUUUGGAAGAGGCCAGAAGAAUUUCUAGGUCAGGUGAUCCUCUGUAUAAACAAAGAGAUAAAAGAGGAUCAAUGUCUCAACGAGAAAAGAAAGAGCAUAAAAAGGAUAAAAGAGAAACAGAAGAACCUACACCAAGGAGACAAGAAAGAUCUGUUGAUGAGAUUAUAUCAUCUCUAAAGGCUAAUAGAGAAAAACCUGAACUGUCUGAGGCUGAUAAGAAAAUUCAGGAGAUUAUGGAGCGUGUUAUGUCCAGAACUAGUGCUGUUAUAACUGAAGAUGACAGUAUGACAAUGGGAACAGAUUCUGCUCGAGAUGAAUCAGCGACAUCUGUUAAAGAUGUCCAAAGUAGUGGUCCAACACCACAGCCUCCAGAGGUUAAUGUUGUAUCACCCACUCCAGAUGAUACAGCAGGCCCUAAAUCUCCAGUAGCAGAUGCAGGUGAAACAGAUAAACAGGACGUCUUAACAGAAGAUGAUGAAUCAAAAUCCAAAGAUGAUGGAAUUACCAGCACUGAUGAAAAAUCUGAUGAGAAAGUAAAAGAUGAAACAGUGCAAGAACAAGUUUCAGAAAUACCACCACCAGCAGUGACAGAGUUGACAAAGAUGACAACAGAAUAUGAAGACAGUAGUGAUGAUGAUGAAGCUGAGAUCAUAGAUAUUGCUAAAGCUUGGGAAGAUCUUGCAGUUCCUCCAAAUGCUACGUAUGAAGAUCUGGUCAGUGUAUCCGGUAAACCUAUUGGCAUUCAGGAAAGGUCGACAGGAAAAGCUGAAAUCAAUCAUAUAAAUGUCCAAAGUCAGGCUGUAUCCUUCCUGUCGACAUGGCAACCAGCUGUUGAAAGAGAACCUACUAUGGAACCAAUUUUAGAGGUUUCGACGCCGCCAAAACAUAUCCACCAUUUUUGUACUGUUACCAAUGAGUACCAGUUACCUGAACAGUUUAGACAUCUUGGAAGAAAGUAUCAUGCUCCAGAACAAUUUCUAGUACCUAAACAACCAUUUAGAUUUGCCAGUAGAGGGCCAAGCUUCAAUGAUGCAUUAGAUGAAGAAACAGCUUCACAGCUGUCACAUGUUGCUGAAACAAGAGGCACAGAAGACACUAGAAUAGCAUCAGCUGCUCAGAGGAUCCUAAAGGAGGCAGAAUCUGACAAAGAUAAAAGUAAAGAGGAAACCUUAGAAAUCUGGAGACAAAGAGCAGAUGAGGUGUUUAGUCAGCCUUCAAUAUCAGUAGAAGGAACAAAAUUAUCAUUAAAAUCAGAUGAAUCCAGAUUGUAUUGGACACCUGCACCCCCUAAGUUAGAUGUGGCACCUUCCAAGGUCAAGGAUAUUCUGUUCCCAGACUAUGAAUCCAAAAGUUUGUCCAUGGAAGCCAGAGAAAUGUCUGCCACACAACAGGAAGAAAUGGAAGACAGCUCUGAGUCAGAGGAAGAAGAUAUGGAGGUCGAUAUUGAACAGGAAAGAUAUGAAGAAAUAUAUAGAUUGGUUUUCAAAAAGAGUGAUUCUUAUGAAGACUUGUCAGAGUUAGAACAAGCUUCUAAACAAAGAGAUGACGACAUUAAAUCUAGAAGAAUUAAUCCCUAUGAACCCAGAAAACUUCUCAAAGGGGAAAUACCACCAACUAAACCUGAACCACUUGGACAUGCACAAGAAGCUGGUAGCCAACCUUCCACCCCAGCACCAGAGUUUAGGUACAAAAGAGAUAUGCCAGACAGUGAAAUAUUCCCAGUGUUUGUUCCCCUUAGGCGGUCCAGGUCUGAUCCGUGUGUCUUUAAUGCAGAUGAUGAUACCCUCUUGGUACCUCAGUCUUAUAACAUAGCUGUGGAUGAGAUUUCCAGACAGAAACAAAAUAUAAGACAGAUGAAGUUAAAUUGGAGGGAAGAAGAAAAAAAAGCUAAGCGUGAAGCAGAAAUGGAAGAAAGAUUGAGAAGAUUGGAGGUACCUGAAGGGGAAAGAUAUGAUCCAAACGAAGUAAUGGCUGUUCCAUCAUUUAUGAGGAGGAAAGCUAAUGAGCCUACACCUGCAGAAUUAGCUCUGGUAGCUGGAAGAGCAUAUGUCAUACUGCCUAAAAAGAAAAAAAAGAAGAAGAAAGCCCCUAUAAGUAUGGCUAGAUUGGAUGAAAUUGAGAAAUUUCUUCGUUCACCUCCAACCAACAUUACCAGAAGUAGAUCUAUGGAAAAAAUGCACAUGACUGUUGAGAAAGACCUCAGAGUAUCAACUAAAAUAAGACAUGGACCAAGAAAGAGCUUAGCAAAUAUACUAGACUUCCAGGCAUUUGAAAAGAAAAAGAAAAAGCCAAGAGAUAUUACUGAAAGAGAUUGGGUGAGAGAUAUGUGGAAUGGUUGGUUUGAUGAGCUGUAUCCUCCUACACCAGAGGUAUCUUCUGAUGAGGAAGAGGAGGAGGAACAAGCUGCAAUGUCACCUAGAAAGGAAGAAAAACAGGAAAAGAAAAGGAAAGAAUCCAUUACCAGUGCUUUAUCAGAGAGUAUUAGUGUUAUAGAACCAUUACAGGAAAAUGAAGAAAAUCAGGAAUUACUGGCUAUUUUACAUGAAGAAGUAGAGAAGUUAACAGAAUCAAUAGAAGCUACCCCAAGACCAAAAGCAUUUGAUCUGUGUAGAAGAGGUGCUUUGUUGAGAAAGAUUGGUAUGGUAAAAAAGGCAGAAGAGGACCUUAAUAGAGUAAUAAAGAUGGAGCCAGAAUUAAUUGAUGCGUACUGGCACAGACAUUUACUGUAUCUGUUACAAGAUAAGAAGAAAGAAGCUCUCACUGAUCUGAACUUUAUCAUCAAGAAAAACAAAAAGCAUGCUGGAGCUUGGAGAUCCAGGGCUGAAAUAUACAGACAACAAAAUAAUAUAGAUGAGGCCAUAAUGAAUUAUAGACAAGCAAUUUCACUAAACCCUAGGGACCAUGAAGCCUACUUUAGAAGGGCUGAGAUGUAUGAAAAGAAAGGAGACAGUCAGCUGUUAGCUUUAGAAGAUUAUUCCAAGUGUAUCAAGAUUAACCCAAUGAGAACAGAUGCUAUAUUGAAACAUGGACUUUACUACUUCAAAAAUGAGAGCUGGCACAAUGCUAUAACAGAUUUCACAGACCUUCUUAGAGUAGACCCACUGAACGUCACAGCUAGGAUCUACAGGGGCCAGGCUAAUGCUAAGAUGGCUAACUGGAGCCCAGCAGUAGAAGACCUCUCAGCAGCUAUACAUUUAGACCCACUGAGUUGGGAAGCCUUCUACCACAGGGCUUGCAUUAUUAGAAAAGCACAUCCUAAGCGAGCCUUACAUGACUACAGUGUAUCUUUACUGAUAAAUGAUAGUGAUGAUAAUGUUAUGUCAUAUCUACACAGAGGAAUACUAUAUAACUCGAUGCACAGAUAUGAAGAUGCUAUCCCUGACUUUGAGAGCGUACUGAAGUUAAGAAAGGAUGUAGCAUGUGCUCAUGUAAAUCUAGGUCUAAUAUUUAUGAACCAUUAUGAAAAUUAUCACAGAGCUAUAAAGAAAUUUACUGCUGCCAUCAAAGUAGAUCCUACAUAUGUCAGAGCUUAUGUAUGUCGAGGUGAAGCUUAUCACAAAAUACAUGAAUUGAAGCAAGCCUUGAGUGAUUUUACUAAAGCUAUCCACUUGAGACCAGAUGUACACCAUUACUACAUGUAUAGGGGACAACUAGUGUUGGAGAUGGGUAAUUUGGAACUAGCAGCUUUCUGUGUCAGGAUGUUUGUAUAUGGCCAAGAUCGACAAAAAGAAUUAAGAGUGAUAAAUAUGCUUAGAGGACAUGCUUCAGAAUUAAGUACAGAUUCUUCAUUAGGACAGAUGCCAACACAACAAGCUGUUGUUCAGUCAUUCUUGAAAAAUUACAACAAGGCAAUAGAUGCAUUGGAAGCAGCCACACGAGUCCAGCCAGUACCCUCUAUGUUUAUGUUACUUGGUAAAACACAGAUGAAGGCUAAGGAAUUCUUAAAGGCUAUAGAAAGUUUCAAUAAAGCAUUGGAACUAUAUAAACCUUGGAAAACUGGUGAUCCCUGGCCAAAGGAAGCUGCUGAGGCUCAUUUCUUGAUAGGGAUGUGUAACAUAGAACUAAAGACAUAUAUCAGAGCACUAGAGGCUUUCUCUGAAGCUAUUAGACUCAAUGCUAACUAUCCUGAUGCAUUAUAUCAGAGGGGAGUGACCAGGAUGAAGCUGAAUCAAUUAUCUAAGGGUAUCCAUGACUUCAACAAAGCUUUGGCUAAGAAUCCUAAGAUAUUCCAGGCAUACCUAAGUAGAGCUUGUUACUAUGGGAUGAAGAAGAACUACACUAAAGCUAUAUUAAGCUGUAAUGAAGCUAUCAAGUUACAACCUAGAAGUGUUAGAGCAUAUUUGUAUAGAGGGGCUUUGAAGUUUCAUAUAAAAGCUUAUGAUCUAGCUAUCAGAGACUUGACAACUGCUACCAGUAUAGAUAGUCAGUGUGCUCUAGCUUACUUUAACAGGGCAGUAUGUUACCAGGAGAAAAAAGAUUGGCAAAAGGCUUUAACAGACUAUGGUAUUGUUCUCCUACUUGGUGCUGAUCUACAACUAAAGGUGCUGAUCAAUAGAGGCUUGUUAUAUUUUGAGAGGAAGGAUUACAUUAAUGCUUUAUAUGACUUCAAACUUGCUGCUAAGAUAGAACCAAAUGACCAUAGAAUUCUACACACACUAGGACUGUGUUAUCACAAGAUGAAUGAUUUAGAUGAGGGAGUUAAGGUAUUUACCACAUGUAUGGAUAACAACCAGUUCUUCUUAGAUGGUAUCAUAGCCAGAGGCAAUGUGUACAUGGAUUAUGGUACUAAAGCUGGAAUACAAUUUGCCAAGAGAGAUUAUGAACGUGUGCUUAGACAGGAACCAACAAACUUGUCAGCUAGAGUUAACCUUGCCAAUACUCUACAGGUCCUGGGUAAAUUUAUGCAGGCCUGGAACCAGUUUACUAUAGCUAUUUCAGUCAGACCUACAUUUAAGCCAGCAUUAGAAGGAAGAGCUAUAGUCAACCUCCAGAUGAGUAAUACAUUUGCAGCCUUCCAGGACAUCAAUGCUGCUAUUAAUGUAUCCCCAACUGCAGAACUACUGACAAAUAGAGGAGUUAUUAACCAGUUUAUGCAGGAUCCAGUAAAUGCCAUGAGGGAUUAUCAACAAGCUUUGAAGUUAGACAAAUCAUACUCCCUGGCGUACUUCAAUGCUGCUAAUGUUUACUUCCACACUAGGCAUUUUAAACAGGCAUAUGAAUAUUAUAGUAAGGCAUUAGAUCACAAUAGAAAAGAUGAGUCAGCAUUAUUAAACAGAGCUAUUACUAGAGUCAUGAUGAGAGAUGCACAGGGUGCUUUAGAAGAUUUCAAGGCAGCUAUCAAACUUAGUCCGUACACAGCACAUAUAUACUUCAACAGAGGAAACCUUUAUGCUUCUAUGGGCCAUUUUGAUAAGGCGGAGACAGACUAUUCUAAAGCUUUGUCUUUAAAACCAGAUGAUCCAUUAGUAUUGAAACGAAGAGCAGACGUACGAGGCAAACUUGGUAAUCAGAAACAGGCCAUAGAGGAUUAUAGAUAUGCCAUAGAAAUUCAAAGUAGGAUGGAAGAAUCUAAAACAUAAUGCUGUUAUAGACUGUAUAUCAAUGUGUAUGAACUGUUUUGAAAUGACUAUUCAUUGUCGUUUCAAGUUUGAUGACAAGUCAAUGUACCUAUUGUCCAAUUCCUUAAACAAAUCUUUUACAAUAAUUUGAUUGAAAGAUUUUUCAAUUGAAUUCAUAUUUCUAUCUAGAACAGAUCUAGGUGACUGUUUUAUUAAUUUUUUUUCUUCAACUUUUUGCCUGGGUAAUAAAAUGGAAAGGCAUUGAAUAUAAGGUUGUAUUUUGUUUCUUUUCACUAUUUAAAAGAAGAUCACCUUUAUAUCUUUGUUUAGUUUCUUAGAAUACAUUUUUUAGAUAAGAAUUACAAUGUAUAUUAAAAGUUGGGGCGGAUGAAACUGGGACCAACAAUGUGAUACUUUUUCUUGUGAUUUUUAAGUCAAUACAUGUCACUGAUAUUGCAUCUCUCUAGAACUUAAAUGAAUUUUAAUAUAUUUUUCAGAAAACCUGGUUAUCUAUAUUAAUUUAAUUUUAAAUAUAUUGAUUAUUCAACACACAUUUUUUUAUGAGUUCUUAUAUUUGCAUCAAAUCUUUUUUUAUGAACAAAUUGGUUGAUUAUUUGUAAUAUACUGCUGAAACUUUUCCUUCCAAUUAAUUUUGUCUGUGAUAUUUGUAAUAAGAAACAUAUGAAGUGUGACAAGUUUUAUAUUUAAUUU